GGUAGUCCGAGAGUCUUUCCCAUCUGACCGCCCGCGAGACGUUUGUAGAUCUCCCGCUAAAAGAAAAAACACACAUUUUUCACGAAUUUGCGCAACUUUCACCAAAUCCCAUGGCCGCCAUUGACCGCUGUAUGCUGACAGCCGACCGACAGUUGUCAUGAGAUUUGACGCGCAUGGCGGUUACAGGAAGGGGACGGGAAAAACCCCUAAACCUCCUCCACCUCCAACGUGACCGUGGCCAAAGAAAACUCCAGAGGACCACCCCUGCAAAGCCAGAGGAAUUCAAAUAACGCUAUAAAAGGAGAGAAAAUAUCAACAAAUACAUCCAAAGAUUAUUUAAUCAUUUAGGGUUAUAAAGAGAUAGUGAGGUCGUGGGUUCAAAUCGCAAACAAGGAGGAUUGUUCCUCAACAAAUCUGAAUUCAAAAGCAGCAAAGUUAAACAAAUGGGUGAAGUCAAGGCCUCCUCUGCAUGGGUUGCCAGACAUUCUUCUCACGUAUUUGUUGACUCGUUAGGCCUUGAGAAAGUGGUUGAUGAACUGCACGGUAACCUUCCAUCAGUUGCUUGGGACUUUGAGGGGAUCCAUUAUUUUGAUAACGGGCCACUCACUGUUCAAUAUCUUCUUGUCUUGGACACACUGAAUUUUUGCUUUUGGCCAGAUGAGGAGCUAAAUUAUGAUCAUUUGGCUGCUGGUCUGAAAGCAGCUUUGGAAAAUGAUAGCUCAGUGUUUGAUGCAGAUCGUCUGAGAAGUUAUACAGGUCCUCAAUUGAGGGAAUUACUGAACUGGUCACGACCUCUUCCUUUAGAAGAUGAGCGCAUUAGAUUACUCCAUGAGGUUGGCACAGAGUUGGAGAAGAGCUUUGGGGGAAAGGCGGCUAAUCUUGUUACUGCUGCUGGCAACUCUGCAGUCGCUCUGGUAGAGUUGGUUACUCGCCAUUUUCCUGGUUUUCGGGACCACUCAGUGUAUAAAGGCCACCAAGUUUUUCUGUAUAAGAGGGCUCAAAUAUUUGUAGCUGACCUGUGGGGAGCCUUUAAAGGUCAAGGAUAUGGAUCUUUUCAUGACAUUGAUUCAAUAACAAUUUUUGCAGACUAUAUAAUUCCAGCUGUUCUGAGACAAUUGGGUGUACUCACAUAUAGUCCGACAUUGGCUACCAUUGUGGAUGGCAACAAAGAAUUAGCUUCAGGAACUGAAGAAGAAGUAGAGAUACGGGCAUGUACAAUCUAUGCUGUAGAAAAGAUGAGGGAAUUGAUUGGAGUGAAAGCUGGAAAAAAGGUGCUAAGUGUACAAUUAGAUCUGUGGCUUUGGUCAUGUGGCGUAAAACUUUCAUCUCUACCACACCAUCGUACAUUGUCAAUAUACUACUAAAGCAACGCAUGAGAUGUCAAUUCCUAAUCAAAGAAACUUCUGCAGAAAGAGAAGAUUUAAACUAGAGUCUUGCUCUAUCAAUACAAACUUGAAAAAGUAUAGGCGUGCUAACUUGGCACGAAAUUUUUGAUGGCUUUUAAAUAUUUUGAAAGGUGCUUGCCAAAAGGUUGACGAAUUUGUGAGCUUACAAUAGUUUAGGAAUAUCAAUCAAUUUUGUACACAAAUUGGUGAAAUUGUCAGAGGACAGUGAACAUUUUAUUUAUAGACAAUGAAAGCAUUUCUAGAGGCCCCAUUUUUUUGAAUCAAAAAUAUUAAAUCUGGGAGGAUGAUUUGUAAGUUUUGCAAGAACGGUUUAUAUAUACAGAUGUCUGAGUUUAGGUUUACUGCAAAAAGGCAGAAGAAAAUGAAAAAUGGAUACAGAAACUUGUUCCCAAAACUUAUAAAUAUGGUUUUUAUCAGUAACCUAAAAGACCAUAUAGGUGAUUUUCAUAA